CAAUUCUAAAAACUAAAUAAAAGAAUUUUAAAAGCAGAAAAUGACAAACGGACCAAAAUGUGCCACACCUACACCUCCCAUGAUCUCCUUCUCUCUUUAUCCUUUCGUAUAAAUGAGACCCUGUCUCAUAACAAAAUCAUUUGGCAACAAAAGUCUCAACUUACAUACACAUCUUUCUUUUGCAUACCCCACACUUCAAUGGAGAACUCCGUAAACGUUUGCGUGAGACAAAGAGUAUUCUCUAAUCAUCAAGUCAGAACGAUACACGAAGAAGAAGAUCAAAAAGAGGAGAGUAGUUGGCUAAUUUACUUUGAAGACAUUGAUCAUGAAGAUGAAAUGGUCGAAGAAAUGAGUCAUACCUACGAUAAUGAUUCGUCAAUGAUCUCAGACGCUGCAUCUCCUGUCUACAACACAAAGAUACAUAAUAACGUUGCUCGUCGAAAGGCUAAUAGCAUUACUACAAACCCUAAAAAGAGACGUAUCAUCCAUCAACACGAAGAAGAAGGAGAUGAAGACGAAGAAGAAGACACAGCCUCUUCUCCUUCGAAUAAAACAAAGGGUUUUCAUGUGUUGGAUGGUGAUGAAGAUAACGUAAAUGUUACAUCCGAGGUAAUGUUCAAGAAACAUUGUGUUGCAGACACAGGAUUGAACAUAAAUGAAGAAUUCUUAUCUGCAGAACUGAAGAAGAGAGGACUUUGUCUAGUUCCUUUAUCAAUGUUUUCUAAUUUUAUUGCUUGA